UCUGAUUCCAAAGAUGUGUUCUACAAACCCAGGCAACUGGGUCACAUUUGAUGAUGACCCUGCUCUUCAGUCUUCUCAGAAGUCGAAGAAUUUACCUCUGGAGAAUCAAGGCAUCUGUAGGCCCAAUGGACUUAAGCUGAACCUUUCUGGUGCUAAAGAAUUUCCCAGUGGAUCUUCCUCUGCCAACAGUACCCCCCUCUCCUCUCCCAUCAUAGACUUUUACUUUAGUCCAGGACCUCCAAGUAACUCUCCUCUUUCUACACCUACCAAGGACUUCCCAGGUUUUCCUGGUGUCCCCAAAGCAGGGACUCAUAUGCUUUAUCCUAUCCCAGAAUCAUCUUCAAACAGUCCACUUACACCACCAGAAGCAGGCUCUUCCUUAUUGUCUCCUAAACCAUUCUGUUCAUCCCAUGCUUCCUUACCCAGGGACCACUCAUGUACACAUCCAGCUCCCAGAGUGGGUCUUCCAGAUGAGGUUGGCCCUCCCCAGGCUGAAAGCCUAGGGUUUCAAAGUGAUGCCCCCAAGUUUCAGUAUUUUCGGGAGGACUGUGCUUUUUCAAGUCCAUUUUGGAAAGAUGAAGGCGGUGCUUCCCAGUUUGCCUUUGACCCUUCAGGAAGCAGAAAGAUGUACCCAUCAAGAGACAAAGAGGUGCCUCUCGAUCAAAAAAGCUUAAAUCAGGGUUCACUUAACUACAUCUGUGAGAAGCUUGAACAUCUCCAAUCAGCUGAGGACCAAGACUCCUAUGGAAAUUUGUCUAUGCAGUGUUUGUAUGCUAAAGACACUGCCUCUUCCUUUGUCCCCCACACGCUUUUCAGGAGUCAGCCAAAACCUGGAUGGUCUUUCAUGUUGAGAAUUCCUGAGAAGAAGAACAUGAUGUCUUCCCGUCAGUGGGGACCAAUUUUUCUGAAAGUCUUACCUGGUGGAAUUUUGCAAAUGUAUUAUGAGAAGGGGUUAGAAAAACCAUUUAAGGAGUUACAGCUCGAUCCACAUUGCAGGCUUUCUGAACCCAAAGUUGAGAACUUUAGUGUGGCAGGAAAAAUCCAUACUGUGAAGAUUGAACAUGUGUCUUACACAGAAAAAAGGAAAUACCACUCUAAGACAGAAGUAGUUCAUGAACCAGACAUUGACCAGAUGCUGAAGUUAGGGUCCACAGAGUACCACGAUUUCCUCGACUUCCUGACUACUGUGGAGGAGGAGCUGACAAAGCUGCCAGGUGUUUCAAAACCAAAAAAGAACUAUGAGGAACAAGAAAUUUCCCUGGAAAUUGUGGACAACUUCUGGGGGAAAAUCACUAAAGAAGAAGGAAAAUUGGUUGAAAGCACUGUCAUAACUCAACUCUGUUGCCUCUGCUUUGUGAAUGGGAACACAGAAUGCUUUUUGACCUUGAAUGACCUUGAGCUGCAGAAGCGAAAUGAACGCUAUUUUGAAGAAGACCCAGAAAAGAAGGGGAUUGAUAUUCUUGACCAUCAUUUUCAUAAGUGUGUGAAAGCACAAGAAUUCGAGCAAUCAAGAACCAUUAAGUUUGUACCGCUGGAUGCCUGCCGGUUUGAGCUGAUGCGUUUUAAGACUUUGUAUAACGGGGAGGAUCUUCCCUUUUCCCUCAAGUCUGUGGUAGUUGUCCAGGGGGCGUAUGUGGAGCUUCAGGCCUUUGUCAACAUGGCCCCCUAUGCCAGUUCCUUGAGGUCCUGUGACAACAUCAUGAUACACUUUCCUGUCCCGUCACAGUGGAUCAAGGCCCUCUGGACCAUGAACCUCCAGAGGCAGAAGUCCCUGAAAGCCAAAAUGAACCGCCGGGCAUGUCUGGGGAAUUUACACGAACCUGAAUCUGAACCUGUUAUACAGGUCACUGUGGGGUCAGCAAAAUAUGAGAGUGCCUACCGGGCCGUUGUAUGGAAGAUAGACCGGCUUCCUGAUAAAAAUUCAAGUCCUGAUCAUCCCCAUUGCUUGUCAUACAAACUAGAACUUGGAUCAGACCAAGAAAUUCCCUCUGAUUGGUAUCCAUUUGCUACUGUUCAGUUUGGAAUGCUGGACACCUGUGCCUCGAGGACAGAGGUCAAGUCUCUGGGGGUGGAGAGUGAUGUCCAGCCACAGAAACAUGUUCAUCAGCGAGCUUGCUACAACAUUCAGGUCGAAAUAGAAAAGAAGAGGAUUAAAAUCGAUGGAGAAGACCCAGAUAAAACUGGUGACUGUGUAACUCAGUAGGAGUAGCAAGAGUAAAUGAUGACCCACUUUUCAAAUAUGUAAUUCACAGAAACCACACAAAGAUCUGCUUCUGUGUACUGGAAAUGACUUCUGAAUAGAGGGCUUAGGACAGGUCCAGUGGCCAUGUUUCGAGAAGUGAAGACCUGAAACCGAACAAUCAAUAUUUUAUGCUUUUGAUAUGUUUGUGCCCCAGGGGUUUCAUCUAAAAUGUGUCUAACAUUUGUAUGAUGUUUUUGCUUCCCAUUAAAACUCAAAGUUUUAAUGUGUUACUGGACAGCCAGCUUGGCGAAAGGGUUUUGGAUUUUUAAUGACUCAGUGGCUGAGUGUUUUGCACUCUGGAUCACCUGGGGGCCAUAUUUAUCGUCUUCUGGUCCCCAUUUCUUCUUGCUCUGUUGGCACCUCUACUGGAGGGCGAGGCAGUCAAGGGAGACAUAAACUGAAAUGCUCAGUCUUUCUUCUUGCUCAUCUCUGGAAUGUGGCUAGGUGUGGGAUGAUGCCGAAACCACAGGCUAAAAUGGAGAUGUGGAAGUAUCUGUAAUUUUGAGUAAUUUAUCUUCCUGUGCUCUUACCACAUUGGUGAGUAAUCAUCGACUGUAUUUGGUACCUGCCUUUCCCCCAUGGUGUUAGCAUUUUCAAAUUGUAUUUGUGUUCUGGUGUGUGUUGCAAAGAAGCUAUUUCUGUGGAUAUACAUAUUUUAGUACAAGUCACUAAGACAUACCGCCUUUUGCUUGGAGAGAUUCCUUUCAGAAUGGAAUGGUGUUGGACACUAGUUAAAAUAUUUAUGUAUAUGAGAGAUGAAUUUUUAAAGUUCAUGAAUA